AUGAAGAUUUCAAAGUUUCUAAGGAAUUUUGGUUCUCUCUACGUCUGGGGUGAAGGGAAAUACCUUGGCCAUAAUAAACCUCCAGGCACAAAAUUAUUUACUCCAAAACGAAUAGAAAAGACAGGUGAUAACCAAGAUUUCAAUGAAGAUGUAAUUUAUGUCUCAACUGGUCCUUCUCAUUGUGGGUUUAUUACAAGCUCAGGCGAUGUCUACACAUUUGGAAAAAACAACCAUCUUCAGCUAGGCCAUACAUCUAAUUUCACCUUAGGUCCAAUGAAAGUUCCCUCAGUUCCACCUAUGAAGCAAAUUGAAUGUGGUGAAUUGCACACCAUAGCCCUUUCAGAAUCUGGAGAGGUCUACUCAUGGGGCUAUGCAAGCUCUCAAAAUCCAUUACGCAAGAUCUUUAAAUGGCGCUCACGCAAUACUUUAGGAUAUUUUUCAGAAAAUAAAGCUGAGCUACCCAAAAAAAAUCGAUGCAAUCCAGGACCAUAUCAUAGAAAUUGCUUCAGGAAGCCGGCAUUGUUUAGCCUUAACUGAUGAAGGCAACAUUUAUGCAUGAGGAAAUAA